GUUUUUGUUAAUUCUAUCAUUAUUUCUGUCUUCCGUGUUUAAUGUUUAUUAUUAUUCUACCUAUGUUUAAAACACUUUUUUUAAAUUUAAUUAUAAAUUUAUAGUACUUUGAUCUAAGUCAUAAAAAUGUCUUGUUAUGUGCAACAUUGUCGCGAAUGUAAUAUUGUUAUUUCUAAAGCUGAAACAGAUACAGAUCGUGUAACUUAUUAUAUAAUUAAAGUGAACGUUGGUGAUAUUACAUGGAGUGUUCGAAAACGAUACAAAGAAUUUUUGGAACUUCACAAAAAAUUAGUAAACGAACAUACCGUAACCAAAGAUAUAUUGCCUGGAAAGAAAAUUAUUGGCAAUAAGGAACCAAGCUUCAUUGAAAGACGUAGGGUAGGCUUGGAAAUAUAUUUACAAACCAUUUUAUCAUUUUUGCAAAAAUCAAUGCCUGAAGAGCUAUUUGAUUUUUUAGAGUUCAACAAAUAUGAUGUAAUAUUAAUUGUUAAAAAAUUGGCUGCAGAAUUUUUACAAAAUGGUGAUUCUUAUCUUUUAAAUGAUAAUGGUUUCAAUUUCAAUGUUUUACUACUAUAUGCAAUCAGUGAAAGAUUAAAAUUACCCUGUCCAGAUAAUGAAAAUAAUGAAUUCAAUUUCAGUCAUGUACUAGAUUUUUGUUCGAGACUUAAAUAUUUAAUUAUUAAAGGAGGAAAUCAUUAUGUUGGUACAAGCAACAUAAUUUAUAAUAAUUUAAGUUUUGAGCUGUCAUCCUUUAAGAAUGUGAAUAAACUUGAAUGUUAUAACAUUGCCCCUAAUAUGAUAUAUAAUUUAAAUACCUUGCGGGAUACAGUACGUGUAAUAACUAUUUAUAAUUCAAAAUUAAAAUGUCCUGAAGAUAUCUUAUUGAGUGAUUAUGUUCAUAAACAAUGGUCUUGUGAUAUGGAUUCUAGUAUGGUUUGGAAUAAAAUAAAAGUUGUUGAUUUUAGUUGGAAUGAAAUACGAACAUUGAAAAGUCUCACUGUUUUAACACCUAAUGUGAAAACAAUAAAUCUGAAUGGAAAUUUGUUGAAUACCAUUGAAGACAUGACACCACUUACUCAUCUCAGUCACCUCUCAUUGUCAAAUAAUAAUAUUACUGAUGUUUUAGAUCUUCAUACAAAACUAGGAAAUCUUAUUUGUUUAAAUUUGUCAACAAAUAAAAUUUCAGACUUAAGAGCUUUUUCAAAACUAUUUUCAUUAGAAAUGUUAGAUUUGGGCUCAAAUUAUGUUAUAGACAUAGAACAAAUAAAAUAUUUAACUGGCUUACAAAAUAUGAAUUAUUUAGUUUUGUCAGGAAAUCCUGUAUCUACUGUAGUUGAUUACAGAAUCAAGGUUUUAGGAAUACUGAAUAAGAAAACAUCCGACUUUUGUCUUGAUAAUGAAAGACCUACUCAAAAAGAAUUGGAUACUGUGGCGGUAAUGCAUGCAUUAAAUAUGGCUAAAGAAGGGAAAACAUUAUUUGAUCUGUGAUUUAAACAAUAGUAGCCCAUAAUAUUGUUAAUCAAUUAUAUAUAUACCUAUUUGUGUUUGUUAUUUAAAGGAAACAUUAUUAUUUUAUUAUUAUUACUAUUGUUAUUUUAUAAACCUAU